AUGUCGUUGAAUUUCUUCAAACAUAAAAGCGUCAAGACAGAUGCUUCACUUAAAUAUAAUACAGUUGCUGAUGUUUUGAAUACUCUCGAUGUUACAAAUGGGUCAUUAAAUAUUGAUACUUUCCUACAAUCCGAAUCAGUUAAUCUGCAGCGACACAGAGAGCUUUUCAAUAAAGAUGAAAACCCUGUCAACAUUCCUGAAAAGCUAGAAGAAGACAAGGAAUAUACAGCAACGGACAUUAGAGCAUUUGUACAGUCCUUGAACGAACUAACUAAGAGAAUGCCUGAAGCAAAAGGAACAGCAACGGAAUACAAGGAAAAAGUAGAGAAGCUUAGUCAAGUUAAUAAUCAAACGAUAGACGACAUCCAUGCCGUGGAGAAAAACUUUUUAAUGAAUUGUUGA